GCGGUGCAUACACGACUCAUGAGUCGAUAACCUCUUGUGUUGAAUUUCUACGAGUUUGUAGUUUGUGAAUGAAAACUGUAGUGUAUUUGACGAUAAUAAACUUUUGUGCUUGUAGAAAUUGUGUUUGAUUUUUGUGUGUGUGCUCCUGGACUCUGUUUACACGGAUUUUUUUUUAAAUUGGAAAAUAAAAUUUCAAGCUCCACAUCACCUCCCCAUCAUCAGAAUAAUGGGCUAGAAAUACAAAAGAUUCAGCCAGAAUGAACGAAAGCAGAGAGAGAAUACGACGGGAGAGGGAAAGAGAGAAGAACACGUACACCUCUCCCCGUCUAGCAUUACGUCGAGUGUUGCUAUUGGCUGAGGGCAGGCAGUUCCGAGAAGCGGCGGCCAUUUUGUCGAGGCUGGGACCCGGGGUACUGCACAGCGUUGCUUCGGAACUGCCGAUAGAUUUGCUGAUAGAAGCGUUGCCACAUUCUGCGCAUCUCAUUGAAACUCUUUUGAACAGGUUAAUAUCACUAGAGAUCACACCUCGCCCGGAGUUACAAUGCGAAGCGGUGGCGUGGAGACUGGUGGGGCUACUCGGAGGCGAGCAGGGCUCUGGUCUGAGGCCCAGGACCUCUCGGCUGGCCAACGCGUUGCUACACUACAGCCCUGAGGCGAGAGAUGCUGUGGAUAACAGACGGAGGCAGCUGGAUGCUGCUGUACAAGGUCUCGGCACUCAUGGCCUGACGGCAGACUCGUCAGGGACGCUCAUCUCCCUGCACGUGGCCAUGAAGAACGAGCUCCAGCGGCACGUGGAGGUGUACAAGCAGGCGCUGCAUAAGCUGGAGGAGCUGUCACCCGUGACAGUCAACCAAGACCCAGCAUCCUCAUCCCACCAGCGGCUCCUGGCGCUAUCACACGCUGACGUCGAACGGCGUCUUAUCGACAACAAGGGUCUCCUCACUAUUGUCGAUAAGCCAGCGUUGAGGCAGCUGCCAACACUGGUCGCGUCGUUGGCCGCUAGAGUAGAGAGCGACAAGGCCGUGCUGGCGUGCGUUGGGCAGAUCAAGAGGAGUGACCCAACGUUGGACUUGAGUGAUACCAGGCCAGUGGCUGGUGUGCUCAUGAGCUACUCGCGUGGCUGUGCGGCGGUGUUGUCGCAGAUGAACGAGGCUCCGAUAGUAGUGGAGACUACUCCUCGAUCGCCCACCGACUCCGCCAGCGACGGCUACCAUUCAGACAGCGAUGACUCUCAUCAACACCCAGACAGAAGCAAGUUGGUGUCUCAAUACGCGGCAGUGUGGUCACGAGCCGCGGACGAGGUGUUGCCAGCGUUGGCCGCCUUAGACCAACUGAAGCCAACGCCCAAUCUCAAAUAUAAGAUAGUCUUCUCUAUUGUUGUCUUAUCCUUCCGAGCAGCUAUCAGUCUACGAGACAAGCGGCUGAACGAAGUAAAGUCUCUAUUGGGAUGCGACUCGGACGACACGCCUGGUGCCUCAGGCUUUGUGGCCGCGGCUAUGAGGCUGCUCCGGAACACUGCGCACACUUUCCCACUGGGGGACGCCGAGAGGACUGUUGUUAACCAGGUAGUGAGUACCCUGCGCGAGUACCCGUGCCUGGCGUCGUGCGCAGCUCUGCACGCCCUGGUGGCGUCCGCGUGCCGCGCCGCCUGGGCGCUCAGUCUGCACUCACCUCCUCUGCGCAUUGAUACCGACUUCACACCUGUGGUAAUGAACCCAGAGAAGCACGUGCGAUACUCGCUGGGCGACUCCCGCGAGCGGCGCUCCGACCUCAUCAAGUCCUUCGUGUGGCCGGCGCUCAUGGACGGCAACCGAUGCGUCUUCAGGGCUGUAGUGCUCACCUGAACUGACUCUAGGGAGGUCAUCCACGCCGACUUGACAUCGGCGCCAAGUUGCCAGCCUAUCAAUAUUCUACAGGAUAUAUCGAUCUGGUUCAAAUCUUUCGUACU